CUAAGUCUUUGGCAAUGCUGCUGGCGGAGCGCCCUCGCAGGCGCCCUUAGUGUAGCCCCUGGGCGCUGUGGCUCCGCAAGAUUCCGCGCUGUCUGUCUCCCGGCGGUUUCCCUCCACGGCGACAGGGUUCCCACGGCGGCGAUGACCCCCAGGCCGGCCGGACCCCCGGACGGGGGCUGGGGCUGGGUGGUGGCGGCCGCGGCGUUCGCCGUGAACGGGCUGUCCUACGGACUCUUGCGCACCCUGGGCCUGGCCCUCCCGGACCUCGCGGAGCACUUUGAACGGAGCGCCCAGGACACUGCGUGGGUCAGCGCCCUGGCCUUGGCCGUGCAGCAGGCAGCCAGCCCAGUGGGCAGCGCCCUGAGCGCGCGCUGGGGGGCGCGCCCGGUGGUGAUGGCGGGGGGAGUCCUGACCUCGCUCGGCCUGGUCCUCUCCGCUUUCGCCCGAAGCCUCCUGCACCUGUACCUCGGCCUGGGGUUCCUCGCUGGCUCCGGCUGGGCCCUGGUCUUCGCGCCCGCCCUGGGCACCCUGUCUCGCUACUUCUCCCGCCGCCGCGUCCUGGCGGUGGGGCUGGCGCUCACCGGGAACGGGGCAUCCUCGCUGCUGCUGGCGCCCGCGCUGCAGCUCCUGCUGGACGCCUUCGGCUGGCGCGGCGCCCUGCUCCUGCUGGGCGCCGUCACCCUGCACCUCACGCCCUGCGGCGCCCUGCUCCGACCCUUGGCCCUGUCCGGGGACCCCCCGGCCCCGCCCCGCACGCCCCUGGCCGCGCUCGGCCUGGGCCUCUUCAAGCGGCGGGCCUUCUCCGUCUUUGCCCUGGGCACCGCCUUGAUUGGGGGCGGGUACUUCGUCCCCUACGUCCACUUGGGUCCGCACGCCCUGGACCAGGGCAUGGGGGGCUACGGGGCGGCGCUGGUGGUGGCCGUGGCCGCCGUGGGCGAUGCCAGCGCGCGGCUGGCCAGCGGGUGGCUGGCGGACCAGGGCUGGGUGCCCCUCCCGAGACUUCUGGUUGUGUUCGGGUCUCUGACUGGCCUGGGGGUACUGGCGGUGGGACUGGUGCCCGCGGUGGAGACGGAGGCGGCCUGGGGGGCCCCCCUGCUGGCCGCUGCGGGGGCCUACGGCCUGAGCGCCGGGAGUUACGCCCCGCUGGUUUUCGGGGUGCUCCCGGGGCUGGUGGGCAUCGGCGGCGUGGUGCAGGCCACGGGUCUGGUGAUGAUGCUCAUGAGCCUCGGCGGCCUGCUGGGCCCGCCCCUGUCAGGUUUCCUACGGGACUCGACGGGAGACUUCUGCGCCUCCUUUCUGGUGUGCAGCUCCUUCAUCCUCUCCGGCAGCUUCGUCUACAUGGGGCUGCCCCGGGCCCUCCCCUCCUGCCGCGCGGCCGCCCCUCCGCCCACCCCUCCCCCCGAGAGAGGAGAGCUGCUCCCGCUGCCGCAAGUCUCCCUGCUGCCCGCAGGCGGCGCUGGUUCCGCCCGGGAGGCCACGUGCUGACCAUCUUCUUGUUUGUCCCUAAUAAAGAGGUUUUACCUGA